CUCAGCUGAGAAGGCUGGGAGUUUCUCCAUCAAGGGACUUUCCUAAGCCCUGGGCCUGUGAGCAGAAAUGCAACGCCAGCGCCGCCGGGGACCAAGGGCAAGGCCCAGGCAACACUUCACUCCGGUGCCCUGGCCCAGGAACCCAAUGAGAUGGUUAAGUCUUGAUUAUUUCUACUUUCACUUUACAAACUGGCCUAACCCCAAAGGUCGGAAUGGCUGCUACCUCUGCUACCAAGUGAAAAGAACACAGGAGGGCUUGUCCUGGGACGUGGGCACCGGGGUUUUUGAAAAUGAGUUCUAUCCCAAGAAGCCCGUCCACACAGAAAUCUGCUUCUUGAAUUGGUUCAAGACCCAGCAAGCCUUCUUGGCCCAGAACCUGUCCCGUGAGGAGAACUACCAUGUCACGUGGUUCAUGUCCUGGAGCCCCUGCUUCCAAUGCGCGAGGCAGGUGGUGGCGUUCCUGAGGGACCACAAGCACGUGCAGCUGAGCAUCUUCGCCGCCCGCCUCUACUACUCCAGGAGCCCCCAGUACCAGCAGGGGCUGCGCAGCCUGCAAGGCGCAGGGGCCCAGGUGGCAAUAAUGACUCCAGCUGACUUUGCCUUCUGCUGGGACAUCUUUGUGGAUGACCCCCUACGACCAUUCCGGUACUGGAAAGGAAUAUAUAUAAACAGCUGCAGCCUAUCUAAGAGUUUGGAGGACAUUCUCAGGAGCAGCGUGGUAGUCGCCAAGGAAUGGACAGCAGAAAUGCAGCAGCAACACAGGAACCAAGACUUAACUCCGGUGCCCAGGCCCAGGCCCAGAAUAAAACCCAAGACCUUCGACUUCAACUUCCAAAACAUAGAUUCCUAUGGGCGGAAGUCUACCUUCCUCUGCUUCAAAGUGGAAAGAUGGGAGAAUGGCUCAUUUCUUGGCUAUCAAAAGGGUGUCUUUCGAAACCAGUUGUAUUCUGACCACGCAGAACUCUGCUUCCUGGAUUGGUUCUGUGAUGUGGUUCUGUCUCCGGAUGAGAUUCCGUGUCCUGAUGUGCAAUACCGUGUCACCUGGUACAUAUCCUGGAGCCCCUGCUUCGAGUGUGCAGAGCAGGUGGCUCACUUCCUGAAGGAGAACAGGAACGUGGACCUGUGCAUCUCCGCCGCCCGCCUCUACUAUGAGAACGAAGAUGUCCAGGGGCUCCGAGAUCUGGUUGAUGCAGGGGCCCAGGUGGCCAUGAUGGCUCCAGAGGACUUUAAAUACUGCUGGGAUAACUUCGUGUACCACUGGGGAUGGCGUUUUAACUACUGGAACAAUAUUUGUCAAAAUUCUUAUUAUAUUCUGCAGGAGAAGCUUGAUGAAAUCCUCUGGGACUGAGGAGAAUUCAUGACUUUAUUUUUGGAUGGAAAGAUGUCUCCAAGCGGCUGGCUCCCCGGAGCUGGAAUGGAAAAGCCCUAUCUAAAACUGAAGAAGCACAGAUUUCUCUCCAGGUUCUCUGAAGCUGCCCUCCCCAAGUCCCUCGCUGCAUAAAAACCCUUGACUUUAGCUUUUUGGAGAGGACACAUUUGAGAGAUCUCGCUGUCCUCUUCUUUGGCCAAAUCGAAUAAACCUUUCUCUGUCUUCAA